GGGUUAUAAGGGCGCUGGUACCUCGGCCCUCACACCUGGGAUGCAGGCCCCGCCACCUCGCGCCAUGUCGCGCCGCAGGCCGCCCUCCACGCUGCUGGUACUGCUGCUGCUGCUGGCGACCACCUCGGCUGCUCCCGUGGCUCUGAGAACCGGCCCUUCCAAGCAGGAGCUGACCCGCUGUCUGGCAGAGGUGGUCACCGACAUCCUGACGCUGGGCCAGGCCCCGAGAAGCCCCUGCACGUCUCUGCUCCAAGAGAGCUCGGUCUUCCUGAAUGAGAAGUGCCACGUGGAGCCCUCCACCUGCCUGUUUUCCCCGUGGAGCCUGCUGCCUGGGGACUUCCGCCAGGCACAGCCGAGGGCUGAGCAGCAGGAGAGGGACCAGGAGGAGGCCUCGGACAGGCCCCAGCCCUCGGAGAACUUGGAGCGGCUCCACCAUAGGAUCUCUCCGGAGGCUGUGGACAGGCCCCAGCUCUCAGAGAGCCUGGAGCAGCUCCACCGCCAGCUCCUCCAGGAGGAGGAGGAGCUGCAGAAGCAAGAGCUUGUGGAGAGCCUGCAGCACCUGUCGAAGCUGCAUCCCGAGGAUGAAGGGGACACCCAGAAGCGGGAGGCCGAGGCGGAGGAAAAGGGCGUGCAUGUGGCCGGUGGAGGCCACAGCCUGUGGCAGGGGCCCGAGAGGACUGACGACCCCUACCCCCACCAUCACCAUCAGCAACAGCAUCUGCCACUCGGGGCUGAGGCUGCUGAGAGGGAGGAGCAGGAUACCGAGCGGCUGAUCCACGUGUCAGAGGAGCUGAGGAAGGCGUCUGAGGCGCUGGGGCGGGAGCUCAGGAGGGACGGCUGACACCCCCGGCCCCCCCUUCUCCUCCUCCCUGCACUUCUCAUGGCUCAGGACUGCUCCCCUGCCAGGCCCACCCCCCACCUCACCUGGCACCUGACUCCUCCACCUGCCUGCCAGGCAGCGGUAGAGAGAAAGGUGCCCUGGAACCAAGCUCGGGGGUGUGAGACCCCAGUCUGAGCUGGGGAGGGAGACUGGGCUCAGACCUGACUUAGGAAAUGCCCCCCACACCUGUCCACCCCCUGCCGGCCCUUCUGAGCAAAUAAAGCAGAGAAAACCAA